AUUUAACUCUUUAUUUUUUUUUAAUAUUAUGAUCAAUUUAUCAUUUUUUAUUGAUUUAAUUAGAUUUGAUCAAAUUAAAUCGAAUUUGGACUGAUCUCAUCUCAGUCUAAUAUUUUUAUUAAUUUCACACUUUAGACUAUUUAAUUUUGGAAUUUACUUCACAUGGUAUGUUUGCAAAGUUUUUUGAUAUCACUCUCAAGUCUCAACAAAAAAAGGCCACUGCCGUCUGAGCUAUCUCAGUCUUGCCGGAGCAUUCAACUCUCCGUCUCCUCGAAUUCAUCGACAGCUGACCUCUUCCUUCAGCUCCUUCCAAAUCUCAUCUUUUUUUCCUGUUCCUAUCCCCUCUAGUCGGCGCAUAGUUCAGAGACUAGAAGAAAUGGAAUCUGCUGCUGUAAUGGGCUUUUGUACCAAAUCUAUCCCAUCCGGGUCGUCUUGUCCGGGUUUACUCGUUGGGAGAACAUGUAGUAUCGGUAGCUCUCAGUGUAGAUUUCGGGCAGGAAAGAGGGUAAACUUACCCCAACAGAAGGCUCUACAAUUUAGAAUUAGUCCCAAAGCUUGCACAAAUGGCAGAGCUCUAAGUACAGUGUGCCAGGGUGAUAAAAUCUUGGUGGCAAACAGAGGGGAAAUUGCAGUUCGUGUCAUUCGCACCGCUCAUGAGAUGGGGAUUCCUUGUGUUGCAGUUUUCUCAACUAUAGACAAAGAUGCCCUUCAUGUGAAGAUGGCCGAUGAGUCUAUUUGCAUUGGUGAAGCACCUAGCAAUCAAUCAUACUUGUUGAUUCACAAUGUCUUAUCUGCUGCGGUGAGUCGUGGAUGCACUAUGCUGCACCCAGGCUAUGGUUUUCUCGCUGAGAAUGCUCUUUUUGUUGAAAUGUGCAAUGAACAUGGAAUCAACUUCAUUGGGCCAAAUCCAGAUAGCAUAAGAGUCAUGGGUGAUAAGUCAACUGCAAGAGAUACAAUGAAAAAUGCGGGUGUCCCAACUGUACCAGGAAGUGAUGGAUUGCUAAAGAGCACUGAGGAAGCAGUGAGGCUUGCAGAGGAGAUUGGUUAUCCUGUUAUGAUCAAGGCUACUGCUGGUGGUGGUGGACGUGGAAUGCGUCUUGCUAAAGAACCUGACGAGUUUGUGAAGCUCUUACAGCAAGCAAAAAGUGAGGCUGCAGCUGCAUUUGGAAAUGACGGUGUUUAUUUAGAAAAGUAUGUUCAAAAUCCUAGGCAUAUUGAAUUUCAGGUAUUGGCUGACAAGCAUGGCAAUGUAGUACACUUUGGUGAGCGUGAUUGUAGUAUUCAGAGAAGAAAUCAAAAGUUGCUGGAAGAAGCUCCUUCCCCUGCACUAACACCUGAGCUAAGGAAGGCUAUGGGUGAUGCAGCAGUUGCAGCAGCAGCAUCUAUAGGUUACAUCGGGGUCGGUACGGUCGAGUUCCUUUUGGACGAAAGAGGUGCUUUUUACUUUAUGGAGAUGAAUACUAGAAUUCAGGUAGAACAUCCGGUUACAGAAAUGAUAUCAUCUGUUGAUCUAAUAGAAGAACAGAUUCGUGUAGCACAGGGAGAAAAACUUCGCUUGAAACAGGAAGAUAUUGUGCUUAGAGGACAUUCAAUUGAAUGCCGGAUUAAUGCAGAAGACGCUUUCAAGAAUUUCAGACCUGGGCCAGGGAGAAUAACUGCAUACUUGCCAGCUGGAGGUCCAUUUGUCCGCAUGGAUAGCCAUAUUUAUCCUGAUUAUGUGGUACCACCAAGCUAUGAUUCUCUACUUGGAAAGCUCAUUGUAUGGGCUCCAACACGCGAGAGAGCUAUUGCGCGCAUGAAAAGAGCACUUGAUGACACUCUUAUUACAGGUGUUCCAACAACAAUUGAGUAUCACAAACUUAUCCUUGACGUUGAGGAUUUCAAAAAUGGGAAAGUUGAUACGGCGUUCAUUCCAAAGCAUGAAGAUGAAUUGGCCGCGCCUCAGCCAACAGUGCCUGUAGCCAUUGAGAAAGAGAUGGUUAAGGCUACUUCUUGAUGCUUUUUUCCGGUUGUAAUAUUUUGAAAUCUGAUGAUUUUACAUUCCCAAAUCUUUGCAGCUUAAUGUAAUCCGUUUUGCUAUAUCAUGUUUAGAGUAUCUCUUUGGUAAAAUGGUGUUGAGAUAUGAACUUGUGUAUUGUUACUAAGUAAAAAUAUCGGAUGACUUUUUUUAUUGAAUAGAUCUACUUCUACCCCAAAGUGUAUCCCUAAGGUUUAGACUUUUAUUUUGUGCCAAUAUAAGUGUGAGAUUGAUAACUUACAUUAACACAA